UACGAAUGGUCACAUGAUUCUCCUAAUUUUUCGCUUUGUUUAUUUUGUAACUUCUCUAAUACGUGAACUGAAGAAGAAGUAGUUGUGGCUUUAAGAAAUUUGUUGUUUGGCGACUUUUGAAAAUUCCUUCGCAUCAAGUUCCAACUAUACAAUGUCUUGGGUAGUGAACAUUUGUUUUUUACUUGUGUCAUCGGGCACUUUAUCAGCUCUUCCUCUCGUAAUUAAUACAUGGGCCUUCAGAAAAGCAACCGACAAAGCAUGGCAGACUCUCCAUUCUGGGUCUUCAGCACUAGAUGCAGUGGAGAAAGGCUGUCAACAGUGUGAAAUUGAUCAAUGUGAUGGAAGCGUGGGAUAUGGAGGAAGCCCGGAUGAAAGAGGAGAAACAACCUUAGAUGCAAUGAUUAUGAAUGGUGACACAAUGGAAGUGGGUGCAGUUGCAGAUCUUCGUAGGAUCAAGAAUGCUAUUGGAGUUGCACGAGCAGUAAUGGAGUACUCCAGACAUACUCUUUUAGUUGGUGAAUCAGCCUCCCUUUUUGCUCAAAAUAUGGGUUUUAUUUCUGAGGAUUUAGAAACUAACACAUCACUAUCUAUAUUUGCAAAUUGGCUCAAUAAGAACUGCCAACCAAAUUUUUGGCGGAAUGUUUCUCCAGACCCCUUGGAGUCAUGUGGUCCAUAUAAGCCAGCACCUGGACUGCAAAAAAGAGAGAGACAUCCAAAAAUUAUUAUUCAAAACCAUGACACUAUUGGAAUGAUUGUGGUUGACAGCUUUGGUCAUGUGGCAGUCGGAACAUCAACAAAUGGAGCAACACAUAAAAUUGCAGGCCGUGUGGGAGAUUCACCGAUUCCUGGAGCAGGAGCCUAUGCAGACAGCACAGUUGGAGGAGCAGCAGCCACUGGAGAUGGUGAUAUAAUGAUGCGAUUUCUUCCAAGCUAUCAAGCAGUGGAGUAUAUGAGGACAGGGAUGGAUCCAUCUCUUGCUUGUGGAAAAGUGAUCAGCAGAAUCAAGAAAUACUUUCCCAGUUUCUUCGGAGCCAUUAUAUGUGCUAAUUCAACUGGAAGUUAUGGUGCUUCAUGUAACAGAUUACCACAGUUUACACAAUUCAGCUUCAUGGUGUAUAAUUCUUCAGUUGAUGGAUCAGUCCAAAAUGUGGUGACUUGUAUUUAAAUUCAUAAUUGAUAAAGAAUGAGCAUUAUUUGACUUUGUUUAGUUUAAUAAAGGAUGAACAGUUUGUAAUAUUCAUGUUUUCAAAAUUCAUUAAGAACAUUUAAUGAAUUCAUUUAAUUGAUUUAUUUUGCAAUUGUGAGUGUAACUAUUGAAGAAUCAUUUUACAGUAUUAACCAAAUAAAAUAUUUUGAUAUUAA